AUGCCACCUCCGCUACCGUCCCAACAUCGCAAGAUGACCGCGAACCCGGUCAAGCCCGGUCGAUACCGCCCCGGGAAAGCAGUCGCUGAAGAACCCUCAUCGGACGAAGACGAAGACGACCAGGAAGAAAUCCAAGCCCAAAAGGAACAAGAAAGAAACCGUCGCGCAGAGGAGCAAAGGAGGAGGCAGCAGGCGCCCAAAGCGAGCUCAUUCCCUGCAGCCGCGAUCAAGAAGAGCCAGAUCGAGGAAGACGAAGACGAAGAAGGAUUUGUCACGGAUGAAGAAGAAGACGAUACACCCCAGACAACUGCAAAGAAAGCACAGCUAUCUCAGAUCCAGUCUACGCAAAGAACAAGCGCAAAAGGUCCGUCGGGGACAGGUUCAUUGUCCAAUGCCAUAAAAGAGGAAUCUGAUGAGCACGAUGAGAACGACGAGGAAGAAGAAGAGGAGGAGGAGGAGAGCUCAGAAGAAGAAAGUAGCUCCGAGGAUGAAGCUCCGCGCCGAAUGUUAAUUCGCCCUACAUUUAUCAAGAAAGACAAGAGAGAUAAUGCCAGUGCGCAGGGCGCAGAAGCCUCGACUGGAGCAUCUGUCAGUGCUGCCAACUCCGCAGCGGAAAAUGAAGCCCGGCGCGCCCAACGUCAGGAGCUAGCCGACCAAUUGGUGCGCGAUCAGCUUGAGAAGGAAGCGAUUGCCCGGUCCGCAGCGAACAAGGCGUGGGACGACGACGAUCUCGCAGAGGCGGACGACGAAGCUGGCAUCGAUGACCGCGACGGUCUUGACCCAGAAGCCGAAUAUGCCGCUUGGAAGCUUCGGGAAUUAAAACGAGUCAAGCGCGAGCGUGAAGCAAUCGAAGAAGCAGAGAAGGAACGCGAGGAGGUCGAGCGCCGGCGCAACCUUACCGCGGAGGAACGGGAGCGUGAGGACCGCGAGUUCAUUGCCAAACAGAAUGAAGAGCGCGAGGCAACUCGUGGUCAAACUGGGUUUAUGCAGCGCUACUUUCACAAGGGCGCCUUCUUCCGAGAUGAUCAAGAGCGUGAAGGUCUCGACCAGCGCAAUGUUAUGGGUCGCCGAUUUGCCGACGAGGUUGCGGUCGAAACAUUACCUCAAUACAUGCAGAUUCGCGACAUGACGAAGUUGGGAAAGAAAGGUCGCACGCGCUAUCGCGAUUUGAAAACAGAGGAUACAGGACGUUUCGGAGAUGGCUACGAGAAUCGGCGUCGCCAGAAUGCUCCGCCGGUUGGUGUCACAGACGAGCGGUUCAUGCCUGAUCGAGGCGACGAUCGAGGGCAUGGGCCUACGGGUCCGACAGGUGCCAAUGCCAGUGCAGUGCGUCCGCGACAAAGGUCAAGGUCCCGAUCGCCUAGGAGAGAUCGAUACAACGAGAGGAGCCGGUCAAGGGAGCGGAGGAAACGCAGCCCAUCUCCCAGUGAUGACCGUGAUAAGAGGCGCCGACUUGAAAGCUCCUGA